AUGGAUGGCUAUUGGCUAUAUUUAUACAUUACAUUUUAUUUAAGAUAAUCUUCCUCUCGUUUGGAGUCCAAUAUCACAUCAUCUGCCUGAGCUUCUUUUCCUGCUUCUGGGGUUACCCGAUCCACCGUUGCGUCAGGUACCGCGCGCGUUUGCCUCCGAAUGGCCUAUAUGGCUUUAGAUUUCUGAUUUCGACCGCUGUCCUUCUAGCUCAAACAGAAGACAGCUUUUAACUCUUGAAUCCCCCUAAAUGCCCCAGUCUCCGCCGCCUGGGAUUGAUGGUUUCCUUCCAGAAAAUUAAAUUUCGCUAAUGGAUAGGAGUCCUGCGCUGUACAUCGUAGACCUUUAAAGCCCUGAUAAAGCCGGGGAAAAACUAAGCCUCGCAAUCAUAAAAUGCAAAAGAGAAUUUUCGGUCGAGACCAGAAAAUGACACAAUUUUAUGAUUAUGGCUAUAUUAUACAUUGAGAUAUUUCAAUUAUUCAAUGCCUCAUAUUUCUCCAUAUGCCCCUUCCAGUGUUACAGAAAAUUAUACUUCAAUUCAUUAUUUAGUGAUUAUUGUGAUACUCCCUCAGUUUUCAUCUGAAUUAAUUGCUAUGUCACUGAAUUAGCUGACUUAUUAUUGUAGACAUUGAUUUUAUUAUAGUGGGGCAUUCUAAAUUUCUUUAGCUUUUUGAUUUUGCUUCUGAAAUGUUGCACAAGACAUACUCUUUGAUUCAAAAUAGGAAAAAUCUUAUAGUCUUUCCAGAUUAAGAAAAAAAUAUGAUAUAUAAUGUAGCUUGACUGACCAAGAGCUCUAUUAAGUCAAUUUUCUCCUAGGUGAGGUUUUUUCUCAAUUGAAAAGAAGAUUUUCCUCAAGUCAAGCUCUACCAUCAAGUUAACAGAGAUUGGGUUUCUAGGAUAGAGAGGCUGGUGAGAUGGACCAGCAUGAGGUGUGUGACGAAGACUGGGUGUAUGAUGAGCAAGUCUCUUUAUGAUUCAAAUCAGCAGAGAGGUGAUCGUCUGAGGCAAGAUGUCUUCCUUUAAGGCCAAAAGUUAACUACAGUACUAAUAAUACGCUCCUACUUGUUAUCUGACAUUGCUGCUCUAAAUUUCACAAUUAACUCCCAUUUAUUAUGAUUUAAAAAAAUUAUACAGCAUUUCCUGAAUUUAUGACAGUCAUAAAAGAUGUAGCAUUCAACACCCAAGUCAUAUUAAACCUUGCAGUGAUUUUUGGCUGAAAAAAUUUUGUGGUAAUUUAUGACAAUGCAAGUACAGUGAUGUAUAAUUAUUUUGUUGCGCAACUUAAAAAAUUCAAUAUGAGGAUUGUAAAUCCUCCAAAAUUGCAACAAAUUGAUAUUUUAACUUAUUUAUAUUAUAAACAUCAUUUUUUAGGAACUGCAAUGAUAUAAGGAAAUAUAGAGACAAGGCUUAUACAUUAAAAAAUUAGAAUGAUAUAGAAAAGAAUACAUAUUAUACUAGAAAUGACUAUCCGAAAUGAAAAUAUUGGUUCGAGGGGUUAAUAAAGCUAAGAGCCAGACUUAAUGUAGGGUUUUUGACACCUCCUUAUUGAAUGUAUGUGGUUGAAAGCUUUUAUGAUGCUGGGAUGAGGAGAGGCGAUUGAAUCUUUUUAGCCAAUGCGAGACUUGCUUAUUCACUUACAUGGGAAACUGAUGAAGUUCAGCGUAAAAAGCUUAUUAAUUUAAUGUAUGGAGGAAUAGUUAUUUCCCAGGCUGAAUGGAUUGGGGAUUAUGGACAAAUGUUGAGGAAUGGCUUUAUAAAAGCUUAUAUCAAUGACACAGAUUUUCGCUGUUUAGCAUUUGAUUCUGCAAUGCUACUUCUGCAUGGGAUAGAAUUUACUAUACAAAAAGGUCAAAAUGUUUAACUCCCCCCCCCCCCCCUCCGUGAGCGAACAAAACCAUUAGAAAAAUCGCCAUUUUUUGACCAAAAACCCACCCUCCGUGAGUGAACAAAAAUUUUUUUAAUAGAAAAAAUUUUAAUGGAAAAAAAAAUUUUGAUAUAUAAGUGAUAAUUAGUAUAAUGAAAUCUAGAGCUAAUUCUGUUUAAUUUUAAACAAAUUGCGUUUUAAAACAUAAAUUUUGCAAAUUAAAUUAAUAUUUGCUUCCCAAUUUUUGCAAAUUAGGAUUUUUUUAAAUUUCGAAAAAAAUAUUUUUUAUAAAAUUUAUAUAUAAAUUGUUUUUAAAAAAAAAAAAUUAACCCCCCUCCGUGAGCGAACAAAAUUUUUUUGUUCGCUCACGGAGGGGGGGGGGGGGAGUAAGGAUUAUGAAGUAAUAAACACUAAUAUAAGAAAACAGAAAUUUACAGGGUGCUCUGGGACAAUAUCAAUUGAGCCAGGAGGUAAUCAGAGGAGUCUACCCACUAUUGGAAUUCAUAACCUAAAAUGGGAUGAGAGCUCUGGUAAAAUAUAUGAGGAUCUUGUGGGAGAGUACGAUUUCAGCAGUGCCCAAUUAAUCACUUUUUAUAAGGCUAUUGUAUGAUAUGAUAACACCACAAAUGUGCCGGUUGAUAUUAUAGAGUAUGAAAAUGGCUGCCCAUUUCCAACUAAAAUUAUUUUUCGGUCUGAUAAAGGCUCUGGAGUUUUAUAUGGAAUUUCUUCUGCAUUGAUCGUUAUUUCGAUAAUCGAGGCACUUUUUAUGUGGAAAAAGUUCUGAAGCUACCUAUGCAUUAAUAAAUUAACGAUACAAUCUUGGUGCAGUUUGAGGAUUAUACUUUGAUGGCAAUAA